AUUGCCAUAGUUGGAUUUUAACUAUAAUCAAAUUGAAAAAAAUCCCCAAGAAAAACUUCCACCAUCAGUAUCGAUAAAUUUAUUAAACACGGUAUAAUGGAUAUUUUUUGACAUUAACAUUACGUCAUAUAGUUGCCGCGUCCCAUUAGAUCAGAACAACACUGAUGCGUGAAAAACAAAAUGGAAUACUAAGUUGCGAACUUCACUUCAAUCUAUUAGUAGUAGUAGUCGUAGUAGUGAAUGAGCUUUCAGUCGUUCAGAGAGAACCAGGAUUAUACCAGUGAAAUAGGUCAGUCUAUUCGGCGCCAUGAAUAUUCUAGCCGCUACACUCGUUUUGAUGGCGAUAGGAUGCGUAUACUCGCAAAAUUUGCAGUUUGAACGACUGGGCCAGGAUUUGGAGAACCAAUUUUCCCAUAUGGGUCAAGAUUUUGGUACACAAAUGAAUAACUUGGGAAACCAAAUGAACAGCAAAGCCAGCGAAAUGGGUAAUAGUUUAGAUAAACAAAUGAGUGACUUGGGAAACCAAAUGAAUAACUGGGGAAAUCAAAUGAGCAGUCGAACCAGCCAAAUGGGUAAUAGUUUAGAUAAACAAAUGAGUGACUUAGGAAACCAAAUGAAUAACUGGGGAAAUCAAAUGAGCAGUCGAACCAGCCAAAUGAGUAAUAGUCUAGAUAAACAAAUGAAUAACUUAGGAAACGAACUUUCCAACAUUCAUUUCACUCAAGGAAGAGCUCAAUAUUCCUCCCAUUCGUCACCAUCCAAUUAUGGCAUUGUACCUGAUCUUCAAGAAAUGAUGGUAUCAUUACAUGCCAAAUGCCAAUCUACUGGUCAUCCUGAAGUUCCAGAGUUAAUAGAGAUUGAUAGAGAGGAGAUCAACCGAUGCUUGAAAAAUACAUUAGACAUGGAAAAAUUACAAAAUGACUUAGUUCGAGCAAUGAGGGCGCAUGAUAUUCCAAAUUUCUUUGCACUUUGUGAAAUUUGGCCAAAAACUUCCAAUUGUAUCAAAAAUAGCCUUACUUUGUAUAAAUUAUGUUUGUCUCCCGAUGAAGUCAAGAUGCUCGAUAAAGUUAUGGACUUGGCCGAUGCUUCCAAUUCAUUUUUUUGUGACAAUAAUGCUGAGCACCCUAUCAAUUUCCUUGAAAAUAAUGGUUUCCAAUGUAUAGAUCAAAAUAGAGAAGUAAUACUAAACUGUGUCGUUGAUAUAGCACAGAAAGUAAGAAACAGCGGCAAAAAUAAUACUAUACCGGCUUUCGACGAGGCAGAGUGUAGUAAUUUCCAAGAUUUUCGAAGAUGUGUUGUGAGAAAACUGAGACAAUGCUCUUCCAGUGUGCCCUCACAAAUAACCGAUGAUUAUUUUGCUUUGAUAUAUAGAAAAGCUUGUAAUUCCGCAUCAAGAUUCACCUGGUUGUCUUUCGUCAACAUAGUUUUACUAUUCUUCACUUAUUUAUACUCCAAAAUGUUCUAACAUGUUUAAAACUAUUUUUGCAAUGGAUUGCUACCUCAAAAAAAUUCUUAAAGUAUAAAGCUUUUGAACGUCAAAUAUUUUAUAUUACUACAGAACGUAAAAAUUUUCUUACCAAAGAUGGCACAAUUAUGUAAUUUUUUAAUAAAUAAUUCUUUAAAGGAAGAGUUUGGAAUGUUGAAUCUUAAAACAUAUAACUAAUAUACACAGUUUUGUCUUUUAAUAGAAGCUACAUAAAAACAAUUAAUUAUUUUGAUUUAAAACAUUUGAUAAAUUUUUAAUCUCGAAAUUUUCAUAUAAAUAUAUUAAAUAACUCCAUAAGGAGAAAAUAUUCCUCAUUAUUCAUACUUGCUUUUAACAACAACUAAUAAAUGGUUCAAUUUUGAGUGGUUCAGUAUAAGUUAAAUAUAGUUAUUCCAAACUCUUCACUUAAUGAAUUCUUCUAAAGUACUUAUACUUAAACUAAGUAUUAUUAUUAAAAUAAUUAGAGUACUAGUGAUAUUACUUUCUAUAUGGUAGUAAAUAACGAUGAAUGUGUCAAAAUAAUAAUCACAAACAUUUUUAUCAGAUUUAGUCGUCAGUCUAAGUGUACCAUAGAUUAGAGGCACAAUAUAAGAAUAUUUCAUUUAAAAAUUUCAAUCAAUACCAUAAUAUACAUUAUUUUGAUUCAUUCAUUUUAAUUUUCCCUAUACCAUUUGUACAGAAAAAAUAAACUUCUGUUAGUGGAUAAUAGAAUAUUACAUAAGCUUCAGCUCUGAUUAAAACAGCUUUUCAAUUGGGGUGGUAAUGGAAACUAUAUAUGAAGAAUUAUUUUUUCAUUUUGUGUUAAAUAUGUAACUGCAGUCGAAUCUGAGAUUUAUAUUUAUAUUUUUAUUCAGGAAUUUCAAUUAAUUUUUGUGGUCAUCACUGAUUAAGUUUACUGUAGUGAAUUAUUUUUAAUUAUAUCUUCUAAAUGCAAUUUUCCUUUUAGAAACUGUUUUUGUUUAAUUUUUAAUGUUUAUUGGAAUUAGUUUGAUUUUUAUUAUGUUAAGACUGUAAACAAAUAAAUAAUUUCUUCUGC